CGCGAUGGAAGAUGAUAAACAAAUUUUGGCGAAAAGAAAGGAAACUCAAACUCGAAAUUGUUGCUGAAAUCUAUUUUGAAAAGAAGUUAAUAAUCGUUUGGAUUUUGUUAAUUUGUCUCGUCAUCGUUAUCGAAUAAUUAAAAUAUUGGUUUUCGCGAAUAUCAUCGAAUGCGGUCUACGUUCGCCAAGUAAUUCCAUUUUGUACUUGGUCAAGACGUGUCGAGUGUUUGGCUUCGUCAGUGAUACGAAUUGGUAAUGAAGAAAUAAUUCUAAAGAGAGUCGAUCGUUGUCUUGAUCGCUUAUUAUUAACUACUCUUUAUCCGGUGUACGAUCGUGCGAGUUUACGUGCACCUUUUUUAAAAACAUAGAACGAGCUAGCGAAUUUGCAGUUGAAUCGAGAUGGAUAGAUUAUUGAGAUUGGGCGGAGGAAUGGCCGGUUUGAGCCAGAGUGCUCCUCCAGCAGACACACCAGCCGUCGAUACCGCCGAACAAGUUUACAUCUCGUCUUUAGCCUUACUGAAGAUGCUGAAGCACGGUCGAGCCGGUGUCCCCAUGGAAGUUAUGGGUUUGAUGUUGGGAGAAUUCGUUGACGAUUACACUGUACGCGUGAUAGAUGUAUUUGCUAUGCCUCAAACUGGAACCGGAGUCAGUGUAGAAGCCGUCGAUCCAGUUUUCCAAGCGAAAAUGUUAGACAUGCUGCGACAAACGGGAAGACCGGAAAUGGUCGUCGGUUGGUACCAUUCGCAUCCUGGUUUCGGUUGUUGGUUGUCCGGCGUCGACAUAAAUACGCAGCAAAGUUUCGAAGCGCUUUCAGAGCGAGCCGUCGCCGUCGUCGUAGAUCCUAUUCAGAGUGUCAAAGGAAAAGUCGUCAUCGACGCGUUUCGUUUGAUAAAUCCCAACAUGAUGGUGUUAGGUCAGGAACCUAGGCAGACAACCAGUAACUUGGGCCAUCUGCAGAAACCUUCGGUUCAAGCUUUGAUUCACGGUUUAAAUCGACAUUAUUAUUCGAUUUCGAUAAAUUACCGAAAAAACGAACUGGAGCAAAAGAUGCUAUUGAAUUUGCACAAAAAGUCUUGGAUGGAUGGCCUUAUCUUGUCGGAUUACACCGAACAUUGUAAAAUAAACGAAAGCACCGUCAACGAAAUGUUAGACUUGGCCAAGAAUUAUAACAAAGCUCUGGAAGAAGAAGAAAAAAUGACGCCGGAACAGUUGGCUAUCAAGAAUGUAGGAAAACAAGACCCGAAAAGACAUUUAGAGGAGAAAGUAAGUCACUUAGUGUCGUCCAAUAUCGUGCAAUGUUUGGGAGCCAUGGUCGAUAGUACGGUGUUUAAAUGAGAAAAUGAAACAAGCGGAAAUUUUCAUCGGCUCGGUGAUCUGCGGUUAUAAUCUAUACAUACAUACUGUGGUAUACCUAAUUUUUUUUACCUACUUUUCGGUACGUUUUACGUUUCACAUGUGUAAGAAUAAGAGUGUGAAAUACGAAUAUGCGAUUAAAUUUUUUUAUCCAUCGUGCGCAAUA